AUGUCCAGCAAAAUGGGCUAUUUACACUCUCAUGGGAAGGAACACCCGAUUCUAGAUUAAUGCACUGCUUUUUUAUUCCAUGUUUUUAAUGAGGCUUUUAAUGGCAUAGACAUAGUCCUUGUAAAUGGGAGCAAUAUCAGAAAUAACUUCAGGCUGAAAUCACUCAAGAAUCUGGGCUAGGAACUGUCACACACUAAGAGUUGGCUUUUUCAAUACUGGAGAAAAUGCAGGCACAAGAGAUCUUGCAGAGUUUGAGGAUACUGGAAUUUGAUGAUUUUAGCCAGUUUCUUAAAAGUGUGCCUGCAACCACUCUUGUGGGAAUAGGUGCAUUUGCUGCAGUCAUAACAUAUUGGCUUGCCAAUCGCCCCAAAGCAGUGAAGCCACCAUGCGACCUCAAGAUACAAUCCAAGGAAGUAGAGGAAGGUGGAGGUGCUCGGCAUUCUGUGUUAGGAGAUGGUCCCAAGCUACUUACACAUUACUAUGAUGAUGCAAGGACUAUGUAUGAGGUUUUCCAGAGGGGACUGCACAUAUCUGAACAUGGUCCUUGUCUUGGAUCCAGAAAACCCAAUCAGCCUUAUGAGUGGUUGUCCUAUAGAGAGGUCUUCAACAGGGCAGAAUGGUUAGGAUCAGGAUUACUGCACCAGGGAUGCAAGUCGUCCACUGAUCAGUUUAUUGGUGUAUUUGCACAGAACCGCCCAGAGUGGAUAAUAACUGAGCUGGCCUGUUACACAUAUUCCAUGGUGGUUGUUCCCCUCUACGAUACGUUGGGCCGUGGAGCUAUACAAUACAUUAUCAACACAGCCGAUAUUUCUACAGUGAUUUGUGACAAGCCAGAGAAAGCCAGACUUCUCCUGGACCACGUGGAGAAAGGAGAGACACCAGGGCUCAGAUCACUAGUUCUUAUGGACCCAGUAGAUCAGCAGUUAGUACAAAGAGGAAGAAGUUGUUCAGUGCGCCUUCAGACAAUGCAGGAACUAGAGGAAUGUGGAAAAAAGCACAUGAGACCACCUGUGCCACCAAAACCUGAAGACCUUUCCAUUGUUUGUUUCACCAGUGGUACCACAGGCAAUCCCAAAGGUGCCAUGCUAACUCAUGGUAAUGUGGUGGCUGACUUUUCCGGCUUUUUAAAAGUGACAGAGAGUCAGUGGUCCCCAACAUCUGAGGAUGUACACAUUUCCUAUUUGCCUUUAGCACACAUGUUUGAGAGAAUGGUGCAGUCGGUAGUAUAUUGUCAUGGAGGCAGAAUUGGGUUCUUUCAAGGUGACAUCCGUCUUUUAUCUGAUGACAUGAAGACAUUGAGACCAACAAUCUUCCCUGUUGUUCCAAGACUAUUAAACAGAAUGUAUGACAAGAUAUUUAGCCAAGCAAAUACUCCUAUUAAACGCUGGAUUCUUGAAUUUGCAUCUAGAAGAAAGGAAGCUGAAGUACGAAGAGGCGUUAUACGAAACAACAGCUUGUGGGACAGACUACUUUUUAAUAAAGUACAGGCAAGUCUUGGAGGACGUGUUAGGAUGAUUGUAACUGGAGCAGCUCCUGCAUCUCCCACGGUUCUAGGAUUCCUGCGUGCGGCCCUCGGGUGUCAGGUUUAUGAAGGAUACGGGCAGACGGAAUGCACAGCUGGUUGCACUUUCACUACUCCAGGGGACUGGACGUCAGGACAUGUUGGAGCACCACUGCCAUGCAAUUUUAUCAAACUUGUUGAUGUAGAAGAGAUGAACUAUUUUGCUUCCAAAGGAGAGGGAGAGAUAUGCGUAAAAGGACCAAAUGUAUUUAAGGGAUACCUAAAAGACAAAGUGAAGACAGCUGAGGCAUUGGACGAGGAUGGUUGGCUCUACACAGGAGAUGUUGGCAAGUGGUUACUGAAUGGAACGCUAAAAAUUAUAGAUCGGAAAAAGCACAUAUUCAAACUUGCUCAAGGGGAAUACAUUGCUCCUGAAAAAAUUGAGAACAUUUAUAUACGCAGUGAACCCGUAUCACAAGUAUAUGUCCAUGGGGACAGCCUUCAGGCCUUCUUGGUUGGCAUUGUUGUUCCUGAUGUGGAAGUGAUGCCUGGAUGGGCCAAGAAAAAAGGGUUUGAGGGAUCGUUUAUAGAGCUUUGCAAUAAUUCGGAUGUCAAAAAAGCAAUAAUGGAUGACAUGGUGAGAUUAGGGAAAGAGAGUGGUUUGCAUUCGUUUGAGCAGGUAAAAUCACUUCACAUUCACACAGAAAUGUUCUCUGUACAAAAUGGUUUACUGACACCUACAUUUAAAGCAAAGCGACCGGAACUCAGAGAUUACUUCAAGCAACAGAUUCAAGAGCUUUACUCCAGUGUCUCUGUGUAGCAGAUGGCAAAUACAGAACACGCCAGAAAACAGGAAAAAAAAAUAUUUUGCCAUAUCCACGUGUGACAAAUAGAGGAAAAAAGGAUUUUAACCUCUGUAACCCAUGUAUUAUCUCAAUGCUUGGAAUGCAAAAAAACACCCAAGGAAAAGCAAGGUUACAUUAACCAGAUUUAUUUGACAGUACUAGCAGCAUGUAUAAAAGUUAAUAGAGACUGUACACAUUCUAUUCUGGACAAUAAAAUAUAUUUUAGAAGUAAACUAAGAAUAUUAGAUUGAAUUACUUAGGUGUCAAUGCACGGAACUGUGAAGAAAAAUAUUCAUAGACCAAUCUAUCUUCUGGAUUGCUAGGGCAUUGCUGCUCUUUUUAUAUUGCAUUUAAUAUUGCGUCAAAUGUAAAGAAAUAUUAAUUUCCAAUAAAAAAAGUAUGAAUGGCAUAA